AUGGCGGCCGAGACGGAAUCGAGUUUGUUGGAAAGCAGUUUAACUGCGAUGGACUGGCUGCCUCGAUUGAGUGUCGGAGGGGCUCUCAACGGUGGUGGAAUACACGGAAAGAACCAGCAAGAAAGGAACUCUCUUGUAGAUCAGAGUAAAGGAACUAUACCGAUGAGGAAGUCUCCCAGUUCGCCACACGACACGAGUGCGACGUGGGACGACUCACAACAAGCCGCGAAAGACGGGAAACCUCCAUACAGUUACGCUAAUCUCAUUACGUUCGCAAUCAACAGUGCCCCUAAAAAGAGAAUGACUUUAAGUGAAAUUUAUCAAUGGAUAUGUGAUAAUUUCCCAUACUACAGAGAUGCUGGAAGUGGUUGGAAGAACUCAAUCAGACAUAACUUGUCGCUAAACAAGUGUUUCAUGAAGGUUGCCAGAUCGAAAGAUGAUCCAGGAAAAGGUUCUUACUGGGCUAUAGAUCAGAAUCCCCAAGACGAUCCUCUCCCUACGAGACAGAAGCUAAGGAAAAGGAGGAACAGCGAUCGAUCCUCACCAUACAGUCCGGAUGAUAGUCUACAUAGCUCAGGAGCGAGCCUAACUGGAAUGGUAUCGCCUACGCUAGCACAGGUUAACAUUAUCCCCCAGGCUGCCGUGCUCCAACACCAGCUUCAGCUUUUGCAGCAGCAGCAACAACAGCAGCAACAGGCAGCCGGGCAAGACAUCGGAACUAAGCUGUUUGAGUCAAAUCCCAACAUUGAGGACCUCAGUGCCUCCUUCAGGAGCUUGUACAAAUCAGUAUUUGAAAAUUCCAUGAAUGGCCCUUUGGCCCAGUUCCAUCAGGUGGACAGUGCAAGCGUCUCCCCCCAGCAGUCUCUGGUCGGAUCCCCCAACGGAAACCCGCUCCAACAAUCACAGCAGUAUCUCGGUCAAUCGGCUUUGAAUAGCUCCAACCUGGACUGGCUGCAGAAUCUUGACCUGUUGAAGGAGAGUGUCAGAAUGACCAACUGGUCUGAUGUGGACGUCUCACAAUUCCAAGGUUUGAUGGAGAGCAUGAAGCAAGCGGACUCCAAAAACUGGUCCCUGGAGCCUGCCCAGUUUGCCGACCUAGCCGCGUCUCUCAACCAGUUCUUCCAGCAGACGGGUCUGCUGUCAAACAGCACCAACCUGCUUGGGUUGAGUCUGGGUGGGACCUCUGCUACGUCCGCAUCAGGGAGUGGAUUCAACAGCAGUCAACACAGUAAUUACUCCAACUCCACAACCGGUCACUCCUCUAUCAUGGGCUCGCCCAACCUCCUCAGCCCCAACAGUAGCUCUGCCUCGCUUGGUCUAUCCCCUCACCAUAUGUCCGUCAGCCCCCGCCAUCACACCACAAUGCAGCCGCCCAGGCAACACCAGGUCCCCACAGUUCAUGUACAGACGGUCCCAAGCUUUCCAAACGAUGACGUAGAGGACACGUUCGACUGGGAUAGUAUAGUAUAAGGCCGGCAGGAGGGUGAAAAGGGCCGGUCAAUCUCUGUUCGGUUAUCGCCUUGAAUAUAGAGGCACUUUUUGAAAACGUUGGGGUUUUCUUUCAAACAGGGUAAAGAAGCUCGAGCUGAAGGCGUAAUUUCAAAGCGGUGAUAGACUUUGAUCAUGGCGCAGCCCUCGUUUUCUUGUUUUUUUAUUCAUAACAAAAGUAACCAAAAUGGGGCUGGAAGGGAAAAUAGUCUGAACCCCCCUUUUUGUUUUAAUAAAUUGGGAAUUCAACUCUAUCAGUGUCGUUGUGUACACGGGGGACUAGACAAAGAUGGCUGCAGUGUGAUAAAGUUCUGUGGCUCUCGAGCAGACCCACUUUUGGUCAGUUCAUUUCAAAACCACAACACCAAAAUUGGACGUCUGGUGCUAUGGCUGUGCUGUUACCUACAACCGUAGCCAAAUGGUGGGUUUAGCAGAAGCCGGAGCCGUUGUCAAGUGUUGUUAUGGCUGUCCCUCUAUGUUGAUGAAAAAAUCUUCAUCGAGGGACAGCCAUGGAUAAACAUUCUAGCGGUAAGCGUGGGAUGGUUGGGUGUUAAUUAUUGUGGAUUGUUUUUUUUUUUCAGUCCAUUGUACAAAGGAUUUGUGUGUGUGUGUUCAGUUUGAUAGACUUAUCUAAUUUAAAUGAGAAUUGGGACUAUCAAAGUUCUCUCCAUUCUCUCCCAUCUAUCAGUAUUUUAUGGAAAAUACGGCUUUUUUUUUCUUUAUUCUUUUCCCUUUGAACAGCUAUCACAAUGCGAAAAACCUUUAACAAGUUUCUGUGUUGGAAUGAUGGUUCGUAUACUGGAAGCAGAGCUGCCAAAAAUCCCUGACUCUGCAAAAAAUUCUCUAUGUUCUUAAGAAGAAAUUCAAAAAAAUUCUGAAUAUCUCCCUGAUAUGCAAUAUGCAUAAUUUAAUGAUGUUUAAUUUGUAUCGGUGAUGAAGAAUAUCCGCAAAAUAAAGAAUAUUCCUUAUCCCUGAUGCAAGUCAUAAAAAUAAUUUGCAGUACCCGCUGCAAACUCGUAGGAUUCGAACUUACUCUAGCUACCAUGCAACCUCUGUGGUCUAGUCUAGUUGGUAAGACACUGCUCUAGAAUUGCAAAGGUCGUGGGUUCGAAACCCACUGAGUAAUAUGCCUGUAA